UGAAGAGUUGGGAGUGAAGACAGAGGUCUGAAGGCAAGCGUGUGUUUGUGUAUUCUGUUCUUGGCAGCUGACCAGAACCGGAAGCACCCGGGUACAAAAGUGGCUUGCGUUUGGCAGGGCUGGGAGUGCGUAGCCGUGCAGCCUAGCCCACACUACCAUGUUCAACCAGCAACUCCAGCAGCAGCAACUCCAGCAGCAGCUGCAGCAGCAGCAGCUCCAGCAGCAGCAGUUCCAGCAACAGCAGCAGUUACUGCAGCUCCAACAGCUGCUGCAGCAGCAGCAGCCCCCACCACAGGCUCCCCUGCCCAUGCCUGUCAGCCGGGGCCUCCAGCAGCAGUCAUCCCCGCAACAGCUUCUGAACCUCCAGGGCACCCCCUCGGCCUCCCUGCUCAAUGGCUCCAUGCUGCAGAGGGCUUUGCUGCUGCAGCAGUUACAAGGACUGGACCAGUUUGCAAUGCCACCAGCCACGUAUGACAGUGCCGGCCUCACCAUGCCCACGGCAGCAUUGGGCAACCUCCGUGCUUACAACAUGACAGCCCCGAGCCUAGCAGCAGCCAACCUUACACCCCCCCAGAUGGUCACCCCAAAUCUACAACAGUUCUUUCCCCAGGCCACGCGCCAGUCCCUGCUGGGUCCUCCUCCUGUUGGGGUCCCAAUGAACCCUUCUCAGCUCAGCCACUCAGGGAGGAACUCCCAGAAACAGGCAAGAACCUCCUCUUCCAGCACCCCCAAUUGCAAGGAUUCUUUUUCCCAGACAGUGCCUCUGGGAGACGGGGAGGACCCCACAGAGGGGUCUGAAGAAGCCUUGGAGCUCCAGAUGGACACCCCUGAAGACCAAGAUUUGCUCGUGUGUCCAGAUGGCGUGGUGAGUGAGACCCCAGUGCCUGAGCCUGAGCCCUUUGAGGCAUCAGAACCAGCAGCCAAAAGGUCGAAAAGCUCAGAGGAGUCCACAGAGAAAGGGCUUGCAGGGCAGCCACAAGCAAAGGUCCAGCCUCAGACCCAGAUGACAGCACCGAAGCAGACACAGACCCCAGAGCAGCUGCCUGAGCCCCCAGGAGCCCAAGUCCUGCCACAUUGCCAGCCACAGGUCCUGCAGAUCCAGGCCCGGGUGCAGCCAAGGCUGCAGAAACAGGCACAGACACAGACCUCUCCAGAGCACUUAGCACCAGAGCAGAAUCAGGUACAACGGCAGGUACCUUCCCAGCCCCCACGGCAGGUGCGGCCUCAGGAGACAGACCCACAGAAGCAAGCUCAGACACGGACCCAGACACAGACACAUCCACAGGUAUCCGCCCAAGCACCGCCACGGGAACAGCUUCCAGGACAGAGGCAGGAGCAGACAGCAGAGAAGAGCCAGGACCAGCCUCAGACUUGGCCACAGGGGUCAGCACCCCAUCCAGAGCAAGCGUCAGUCCCGGCCUGUGCCACAGAACAGCAGCCAUCUGACCCUGCAGAAGCUGAAGGAGGCCCAGAGGAGGCCUUGCCAGAACCAGCAGGUGCCCAGAGCAGUGAAGACACGAGCCAGGAGGCCUCGGCUGUUGGCCUGGAUGUGGGAGAAUGUGAAAAGAGAGCAGGAGAGCUGCUUGGGAUGUGGGGGGCUGGGGGCUCCCUGAAGGUCACCAUCCUGCAGAGCAGCGACAGCCGGGCUUUCAACACCACGCCCCUCACGUCUGGACCUCGUCCUGGGGACUCCACGGCCGCCCCCGCCCUUGGCAGCACGUCCUCCAAGCAGACCCUCCAGUUCUUCUGCUAUAUCUGUAAGGCCAGCUGCAGCAGCCAGCAGGAGUUCCAGGACCACAUGUCAGAGGCUCAGCACCAACAGCGGCUUGGGGAAAUGCAGCACUCGAGGCAGACCUGCCUGCUGUCUCUGCUGCCCAUGCCUCGGGACAUUCUGGAGAGAGAGACAGAAGAGCCUCCACCAAAGCGCUGGUGCAACACCUGCCAGGUGUACUACAUGGGAGACCUGAUCCAGCACCGCAGGACACAGGAGCACAAGGUCGCCAAACAGUCCCUGAGGCCCUUCUGCACCAUCUGCAACCGUUACUUCAAGACCCCUCGGAAGUUUGUGGAGCAUGUGAAGUCCCAGGGACACAAAGACAAGGCCAAGGAGCUGAAGACACUUGAAAAGGAGAUAGCCAGCCCAGAGGAGGACCACUUCAUCACAGUGGAUGCCGUUGGUUGCUUUGAGAGUGAUCAAGAUGAGGACGAGGAGGAGGAGGAAGAAGAGAUUGAAGCUGAGGAGGAAUUCUGCAAGCAGGUGAGGUCGAGAGAUCCAUCUUUAGAGGAACAGAAGGGUUCAGAGACUUACAACCCCAACACGGCGUAUGGUGUGGACUUCCUGGUGCCCGUGAUGGGCUACGUCUGCCGCAUCUGCCACAAGUUCUACGACAGUAACUCGGGACUGCGGCUCUCCCACUGCAAGUCCCUGGCCCACUUUGAGAACCUGCAGAAAUACAAGGCAGCCAAGAACCCCAGCCCAGCCAGCCGACCCGUGAGCCGCAAGUGUGCGAUCAAUGCCCGAAAUGCCUUGACUGCACUUUUCACCUCUAGCAGUGGCAGUGGCCGCCCGCUCAGCCAGCCAAACCCCCAGGACACAGCGAAACUACCCAGCAAGGUGAAGCCUGGAUCCCCCAACCCCCCUCCUGCCCUUCGGCGCUCAACUCGCCUCAAAACGUGAUAGAGGGAGUUCCGGCCACCCAGCAUGCCUAGGGCCUGAUCUGCUAAUGCCUUCUAGGUAUCUGCGUGGAAAUGUUCACAUGUUGGUGUUUUUACUCCAAAUCCAAUAAAGAGUUGUUUGGCUUUGCGGUCCCCACCA